AUGCCGACGACCGCCGUGCUCGGUGGGUUAUGGGGCGACGAAGGAAAAGGGAAGAUAAUCGACUUCCUCGCCGCUGAUGCAUCCGUGAUCGUUAGAUUUUCCGGCGGAAAUAACGCUGGUCAUACUGUCGUAAAUGACUACGGGAAACUCGUAUUCCAUCUCAUCCCCUGUGGGAUCUGCUACGAGGGCACGAUUAACGUCAUCGGAAACGGCGUCGUAGUGUCACCCGACGCGCUCAUCGAAGAAAUUUCGAUGGUCAAAGAGCGGGAGUUACCUGGUCAGAUCGCUAUUUCCGACCGUGCGCAUCUCAUCAUGCCGUACCACGUCUUGCUCGACAAGUUGGAAGAGGAACGUCGUGGCGCGGCUGCGAUUGGCACCACUGGGCGUGGAAUCGGACCCGCGUACGUUGACAAAGUUGCGCGCAUGGGAGUCCGAGUUGGUGAGUUGUUGGACCUUGAAGAGUUGAUGAUCACCUUGCCGCCGAUCAUCGAGUUCAAAAACGAACUCAUCACCAAAAUCUACGGUGGCGAGCCGCUGGAUGUCGACGAGAUUUUGGGACAGACAAAGAGAUGGGCGAAUGAGAUCGGCCAGUACAUAGGGUCUGCAGACGAGAUAGUCACGAACGCGCUUGCGAGCGGCGAGAACGUGAUCAUGGAAGGCGCUCAAGGAGCGUUGCUCGAUAUUGAUCACGGCACCUAUCCAUUCGUAACGUCGUCGAGUCCGACGAUUGGUGGCGCGUUGACUGGAACGGGGAUUGGUCCGAGUUCGUUUGCGCGGAUUAUCGGUGUCUUCAAGGCUUAUGCCACUCGGGUCGGUGCCGGGCCAUUUCCGACUGAAAUCCACGUACAGAAGGCGACCGCAUCCGCGAGAUGGCGGGCGAAUUCGGCGCGACCACAGGCCGAGCUAGGAGAGUUGGCUGGUUCGAUGCGGUAG